AUCUGGUUGCGCCGAAAUCAUUUGCUUUGAUCCACGUUGAAACGAUUGUUUUUUUAACAAGCCUCGGCCGAUACCGCACCAUCGGCUGCUUGUUCCUCUUGCAUGGAAGUGUAUUUACCGGUACUGUGCCUUGACAGCGACCAUGCCUUGUCGUGAGUUCCUGAGAAAAGCUGUGGAAGGCUACAUGUUUUGGCUAGUUCUCGACUACGCUUCCAGUAGGAGUCAAGAGGGCAAUUGGUUCUCCGAGAUUGGUUACCGGCCAGAUCCAGUUGCUCGCUACAUCACACAAACAGCACCUUGGCGGAACGGACGCAGGAAGGUUUUGGAUUGGGGUUGCGGCGGCGGAGGAUUGUCGCGUGCAUUGGCCGAGAAAGGAGCGGACCACGUGUUGGCGGUCGAUAUGGAUGUCGACGCAACCGCGGCAGCCCAACAAACACUGGAACCAUUUCCCAAUGCCAUGGCAACGGGACCUUGUUUGGAUCAAGGCCAUAUUAGCUACUCUUGCCAAUUUGACAUUGUCGUGUCCUCCGCUGGUGCCCUCAGCUUUUUCACAACAGAUGCUCCCAGACUCCCGAUGGUGCAUGCAUGGAAGCAAGCUGUACAAGCAUGUCGCGAAGGAGGAAUUGUGGUAGUCAGUCAGGGACUCAAGUCAUGGAACUUCCGCAUGCUGGCUCUCUUGGUGCUCUCCAGCGGCAUUGGAUGGCACGUGAAAGAUCCGCUGCUCUGGGACGGACAAUGGUGGUUUGAAGUGGCUUUCUGGGUAGGGUUGGCCAAUCCAUUUCUUCGGCAAAGUGAGGACAGUCGGUUAGCCUUGUCAAUUGGGUAUUCCAUUGUGGGGUCCAUUGUGAGUCAGAAUAUUGCCCGUAGCUUCAUGCUUCGGCGAUGGAGAAUCAGCUCGAUCAUGAGUGCAGGCUGUGUUGCACUGGAAUUCCUUCGCAUGCUCUGGCGUGAAAAACGAUUUGUCAAUCAAUUGAAGCAACAAAUGAGAAAUGCGGGUCUCCGAGAUGUGAAGCAUUGCCAUCGUUUGGUAUUCCCGGUCACGGAACCAAUUGCUGGUUGGCGGGCUUCCCUGGCAAGCCCGACUCAAGUCUCUGCGCUUCAACCUGUCCAACUUCCCUUUCUUGCUGCUGUUGUUGGAGUGGUUAUUGCUCUCCCAUCAAAGUGUUGA